UGGGCAAGCACAAAGCAGGCAAGCACAAAGCAGACAAGCACAAAAUGGGCAAGCACAAAGCGGGCAAACACAAAGUAGGCAAGCACAAGAUUGGCAAGCACAAGGUGGGCAAGCGCAUAGUGGGCAAGCACAAAGUGGGCAAGCACAAGGUGGACAAGCACAAAGCUGGCAAGCACAAGGUGGGCAAGUGAAUGGCAGGCAAGAACAAGGUGGGCAAGCGAAUGGCAGGCAAGUGAAUGGCGGGCAAGCACAAG